GGUCUCCAGUCCCUCUCCCUCCUCUGACUCAGUGUCCCUGCUUACCUCUCACGCUCUUCUGUUCACCAACCUCCUCGCCAUGAGCAGACAAGCCGGCAAGAAAUCCAUCAGCAGCGGGAGCCAGGGCUUCUCCGGCCGCUCGGCCGUGGUGACCGGCAGCAGCAGGAUGAGCGGUGUGACCCGCUCUAGGGCAGCUGGUGGUGGGGCCUCUGGGUUACGGGGCACAGCAGGUGGCUUUGGCAGUCGCAGCCUCUACAACCUAGGUGGCAACAAGAGUAUCUCCUUCAGUGUGGCAGCUGGGGGCUCAAGGGCUGGUGGCUUUGGUGGAGGACGUAGCAUCUAUGUCAGUGGCUUUGGAGGUGGUUAUGGAGGUGGCUUUGGGAGUGGGUAUGGAGGUGGCUUUGGCGGUGGCUUGGGAGGUGGCAGAGGAAUGGGAGGUGGGCUUGGGGGAGCUGGUGGGCUUGGAGGAGCUGGUGGGCUUGGGGGAGCUGGUGGCUUUGGUGGUCUUGGAGGUUUGGGUGGUCUUGGAGGUUUGGGUGGGCCUGGUGGCUUUGGUGGGCCUGGUGGCUUUGGCCCUGGAAGCUUCCCUGGAGGAAUUCAGGAAGUAACCAUUAACCAGAGCCUCCUGCAGCCCCUCAAUGUGGAGAUUGACCCCCAGAUUGGGCAAGUGAAGGCCCAGGAGCGUGAGCAGAUCAAGACUCUCAAUAAUAAGUUCGCCUCCUUCAUUGACAAGGUGCGGUUCUUGGAGCAACAGAACAAGGUCCUGGAGACCAAGUGGGAGCUGCUCCAGCAGCAGGGCACCAAUUCCAUCACAGGAACCAACAACCUUGAGCCCCUUUUUGAGAACCACAUCAACUAUCUGCGGAACUACCUGGACAGCAUCCUUGGGGAGAGAGGCCGCCUGGACUCUGAGCUGAGGAACAUGCAGGACCUGGUGGAGGACUUCAAGAAGAAAUAUGAGGAUGAAAUCAAUAAACGUACAGCUGCUGAGAAUGAAUUUGUGACCUUGAAGAAGGACGUGGAUGCUGCCUACAUGAACAAGGUGGAGCUUCAGGCCAAGGUGGACGCCCUGAUGGAUGAGAUCAACUUCCUGAGGACCCUCUAUGAUGCAGAGCUGUCUCAGAUGCAGAGCCAUGUCAGUGACACGUCUGUGAUCCUCUCCAUGGACAACAACCGCAACCUGGACCUGGACAGCAUCAUUGCUGAGGUCCGCGCCCAGUAUGAGGAUAUUGCCCAGAGGAGCAAGGCUGAGGCUGAGGCCCUGUACCAGACCAAGUUGGGAGAGCUGCAGAGCACAGCUGGCAGGCAUGGAGAUGACCUGAAAAGCACCAAGAGUGAGAUCAUGGAGCUCAACAGGAUGAUCCAGAGACUUCGGGCAGAGAUUGAGAACAUCAAGAAGCAGAAUGCCAAUCUGCAGACGUCCAUCGCAGAAGCUGAGCAGCGUGGGGAGAUGGCUCUCAAGGAUGCCAAUGCCAAACUCCAAGACUUGCAGGCUGCCUUACAGCAGGCUAAGGAUGACCUGGCCCGGCUGCUGAGGGACUACCAGGAGCUGAUGAAUGUCAAGCUGGCCCUGGAUGUGGAGAUUGCCACCUACCGCAAGCUCCUGGAGGGCGAGGAGUGCAGGAUGUCUGGAGAGUGCCCGAGUGCUGUCAGCAUCUCUGUGGUCAACAGCAGCAGCACAACGUCGGCCUCAGCAGGUGGUUAUGGAGGCGGUUAUGGCGGUGGCCUUGGUGUAGGAGGUGGUGCAGGCAGUGGCUUUGGCCUGGGAGGUGGCAGUGGACUCGGAGGUGGCAGUGGACUCGGCGGUGGCAUCGGCAUUGGACUCGGCGGCGGCAGCGGAUUUGGUGUUGGCAGUGGACUUGGUGGUGGCAGCAGUUUCAGCAGUGGCAGUGGCUUUGGCUCCAGCUCUGGAGGUCGCGGUGGCGUCAGUGGCGGAGGUUUCAGCUCAGGCAGUACCCGCGGGAGCAGCAUCAAGUCCUCCCAAAUCUCUCAGUCCUCCCAGCGCUACAUCCGAUAAAGAGCGCUCACGGGCACCCGCACUGCAGCAAGCCCAGUGUCUCGCUCCCCACCUGUUUUUUUCUUCCCCUCCCAGUGUCAGUGAUACCCCCAGUGCCUUGCCCCUGCCUCCAAGGAGCGGCUUCUUGGGCUGGAAGGCGAGCACUCUUGCUCUUCCAUUCACAUCCCUGGCCAAGUUGCCUCUCUUUGGCUCCAGCCUGCGCCUGUGAUUAUCCAGCUGUGGUCUCAGCUGCCACCUUCUGCUGCCCUUGGUGUUCCUUCUCUGGUUGGGAGGGUCACUAUGGUUUUGAUGUAUAUAACAUGCAGCACCCUCUGCUCAUCUGUUCUGUCACCAAUAAAGUGCAUUGUGUCUCAC